GGCUGGCGGGCCAUGGCGGCGCCGGUGGUGUCCCCGGCAGCGGAGCCAGGCAGCCGAAACGGCCCUGGCAGAGGUCGGGCCCCUCGGGGCCGAUUGGCCAAUCAGAUCCCCCCUGAGAUCCUGAAUAACUCUCAGCUGCAGGCAGCCAUCCAAGCCCUACCUUCUAACUACAACUUUGAGAUUCCCAAGACCAUCUGGAGGAUCCAGCAAGCCCAGGCCAAGAAGGUGGCCUUGCAAAUGCCUGAAGGGCUUCUCCUGUUUGCCUGCACCAUUGUGGAUAUUUUGGAGAGGUUCACAGAGGCUGAAGUGAUGGUGAUGGGCGAUGUGACCUAUGGGGCUUGCUGUGUAGAUGACUUCACUGCAAGGGCCUUGGGGGCUGACUUCUUGGUGCACUACGGGCACAGCUGUCUGGUUCCUAUGGAUACCUCAGUCCAAGACUUUCGGGUGCUGUAUGUUUUUGUUGAUAUCCGGAUAGACACAGCCCACCUCUUGGACUCCAUCCGCCUUAACUUUCCUGCAGCUAGUGCCCUUGCUCUGGUCAGCACCAUUCAGUUUGUGUCAACCUUGCAGGCAGCUGCCCAGGAGCUGAAAGCUGAGUAUCGUGUGAGUGUCCCACAAUGUAAGCCCCUGUCUCCUGGAGAGAUCCUAGGCUGCACAUCCCCCCGACUCCCCAAGGAGGUGGAGGCCAUUGUGUAUCUUGGAGAUGGUCGUUUCCAUCUGGAGUCUGUCAUGAUUGCCAACCCUAGUAUUCCUGCUUACCGGUAUGACCCAUACAGCAAAGUCCUGUCCAGGGAGCAUUAUGACCACCAGCGCAUGCAGGCCACUCGCCAGGAAGCCAUAGCCACUGCUCGCUCUGCUAAAUCCUGGGGCCUUAUUCUGAGUACUUUGGGCCGCCAGGGCAGUCCCAAGAUCCUGGAGCACCUAGAAUCUCGGCUCCAAGCUUUAGGACUUCCCUUUGUGAGACUGCUGCUGUCCGAGAUCUUCCCCAGCAAGCUCAGCCUACUUCCUGAGGUGGAUGUGUGGGUGCAGGUAGCAUGCCCACGACUCUCCAUUGACUGGGGCACAGCCUUCCCCAAGCCACUGCUGACCCCCUAUGAGGCGGCUGUGGUUCUGAGGGACAUCACCUGGCAGCAACCUUAUCCCAUGGACUUCUACGCCGGCAGCUCCUUGGGGCCGUGGACAGUGAACCACGGGCGAGAUCGAACUCCCCAGGGCCCCCGCCAAACUGCUUUGGGGAAGGAGGGGACUACACGCCCGUCUCCAGUUCCGACUUGCACGGAUUGCAGCUGCGGAGAGAAGGUAGCGCCCCUGGAGACCUGACACCUCUGAGCCCAGGGCCCUGCAUUCCGGAGGAGCAGCCUCGGGGCUGGUGGUUUUCCGAGCCGGAGGCGGACGUGUUCUUGGCCCUGGACGAGCCCAC